AUGAUAGAGUAUAAUUACGAUAGUCCUUAAAAGGCGCUGUAUACUCUAACUAAUUUCAACAAAACUAGGAAUAGGGCGAAUCUCUCAAAUAGAUCAUAUGGAGUGCAAUACAAAACCCAGCAAAGCCAGCAUAAGAUAAAUAAAAAUGCGUUUAAUAGAACGUUCAGGUAUAAAAAUGAUUACAAGGAUUAGAUUUUCCCAGAUCUAAACGAUGCUAGAAACUUUUCAGCUCAUAUUGAAAACGACUCAACAAAUUCAGUUACAAAUGAUAUACAGCGAUCUGCUUAGGACUUAAAAGAAAUAAUCGAAUAGAAAUAAAACAGUAUAACUCGUACAAGAGAAAAAGACAACUAUUAUCAAAAGCAUUUAUCUUUUCAGCCAGUUGAUUCAAGUUCCUACAUAUCAGAUAUGACUUAAGUUGCUUUGAAGAACUGA